GACCAGCCCUAGCCCAGUGGCCCUCCGCCUACUUUCCUGUCUAAGAUGGCGUCCCCCAUGGCAGCUCAGGCCGGGAAACUUCUGCGGGCGGCGUGGGCGCUCCGACCGUGCCUCCCCUUGGGCCAGUCCCAGGGUAUUCAGUUGACCUCCAGAAGAUGGCUGAACUUACAGGAAUACCAGAGUAAAAAGUUGAUGUCUGACAAUGGAGUAAAGGUGCAGAGAUUCUUCGUGGCUGACACAGCCAGUGAAGCUCUUGAGGCUGCUAAGAGACUGAAUGCAAAAGAAAUUGUUUUAAAGGCACAGAUAUUAGCUGGAGGGAGAGGAAAAGGCACUUUCAAUAAUGGAUUGAAAGGAGGAGUUCAUUUAACCAAAGAUCCUAAAGUUGUGGGACAGCUGGCUCAACAAAUGAUUGGUUAUAAUCUGGCAACAAAGCAAACGCCAAAGGAUGGUGUGAAAGUCAACAAGGUGAUGGUUGCUGAAGCCUUGAAUAUUUCCAGAGAAACCUACUUGGCUGUUUUGAUGGACAGAUCUUGUAACGGUCCAGUGCUGGUUGGCAGCCCUCAAGGAGGGGUUGACAUUGAAGAGGUGGCAGCCACUACUCCGGAACUAAUUUUUAAGGAGGAAAUUGAUAUAUUUGAAGGACUAAAGGAAAGCCAAGCACAGAGGAUGGCGGAAAAUUUAGGCUUCCAUGGUGCCCUGAAAACUCAGGCUGCAGAUCAAAUUAAGAAGCUCUAUAAUCUCUUCCUGAAAAUUGAUGCUACUCAGGUUGAAGUGAAUCCCUUUGGUGAAACUCCAGAAGGACAAGUUGUGUGUUUUGAUGCCAAGAUAAAUUUUGAUGAUAAUGCAGAAUUUAGACAAAAAGACAUAUUUGCCAUGGAUGACAAAUCAGAAAAUGAGCCUAUUGAGAAUGAAGCUGCCAAAUAUGACCUGAAGUACAUUGGUCUGGAUGGAAACAUUGCCUGCUUUGUGAAUGGUGCUGGGCUCGCCAUGGCAACCUGUGACAUCAUCUCUCUUAAUGGUGGGAAGCCAGCCAACUUCCUUGAUCUUGGAGGUGGAGUAAAGGAGUCCCAGGUGUAUCAAGCAUUUAAACUGCUCACUGCAGAUCCUAAGGUUGAAGCCAUCCUGGUCAAUAUUUUUGGUGGAAUUGUAAACUGUGCUAUCAUUGCCAAUGGCAUUACCCGGGCCUGCCGAGAGCUUGAACUAAAGGUACCCCUAGUGGUGAGGCUUGAAGGGACCAAUGUUCAAGAAGCUCAGAAUAUCUUGAGUAACAGUGGCCUUCCCAUUACUUCUGCCAGUGACUUGGAAGAUGCUGCCAAGAAGGCUGUGGCCUGCGUUGCACCAAAGUGAUGACUUUCUCCUGCUCCCUUGAGGAAAAGAAAUGGCAGUCACCAAAAAGUGACCCACUUCAUUGAGUUUGAGAAAAUGGUUUGGGGUAUUAUUGAAUGUGUACCUUCUAAAAAGAGAGAGGAGGAAAUAAUGUUUAUGAAUCUUAAAUUAAUACUUUUUUGGAUAGGAAAUUCUGGGAGCUUAAAUACUUUCAAUUUUACUUAGAAUUUUUCUUUGAAAUGAGUUAUAUUCUGUUUCUCUUUUAUCUCCCAAGAAGUGAGCAGUAUCUCGCUGACUAGCCAGAGUCAUCUUUUUUUUUUCUCCAUAUGGAGAAAGAUAGGAGAUGUAGUGAAGAAUUUGAAUUUGGUCCAAACUCAUUUCAGAGAUAAUUAGUCCAGUAAAAUAAAUAAAAGUCACGGACUUUAGGGUCUUUCCUUAUCAAAUUCCAAUAUGGUCCUAUUUAAAGUAGAAAUCUCAAUCAUGCUUAUUAACAAAAGGGCAUAGCUAAGAUAUCCAAAUUCAUCUCUCUUCCUUUUCAGAAGGUCUUUUUUAUACAAGAUUGGUAAUUUUCAUACACGUUAUAUACUCAAAGAUGUUUUCAUUCUUAAUUUUUCCCACAGAAAAAAACACACUGAUAUCACACAUGCCUUAACAUAAAUUAUGCUGUUUACCUCAUACUAAUGAGAAAACCUAAAGCCUUAAAGUCACCUAGUUUUCAUAUGCAAAAUAAUAAUUUCUGAUUCUGGUGAAAAAUCAUUUUGUUAACUGCUUUCCAAGAGUGACUGAGUGAUGGAUCAUGGUAGUUUAUAUGUGUAAUUUACAAAUGCUCUCAACUUACAAUGAAAUAAAGAAGAGACACAAAGAGUGUAUCUUUUCUCGUAGUUCUGUCCAUUUAUGUGGGGGAGGGAUUUGAAUUGGGAGUUCUUUGAAAUUUUGGUAAAAAUAAGUUUUUAUCUAUUUCCAAAUUUAAAUAAAAGCCUCUGUUCUGUGAAUCUUA